AUGGGCCCGGCACUCAGUGUCCGUUCCAAGGAAAUUGUCGCAGGCUAUGCUAGCGUUGCCGCCAAUUCUGACGUUGAGAGGAUUCACAAGGACAAGGGUGUUUUCCCUCCUGCAGGGGCUACUAUCGAAAUGUGCCCUCAUGCCUCUGCUGCUCGCGCUGCAGCUCGCAUGGCGGACGAUCUCGCAGCUGCAGCUGCCAAGCAGAAAGAAGAAGCGGCCGCAGCAGCAGCAGCUGGUUGCCCCUUCCAUCAGAAAGCUGCCGCCACUGCAACUGCUCAAAAGUCAAAGGACCAUAUUAACUUUGACUAUGAGCAAUUUUACGUCAACGAGCUCGACAAGAAACACCAAGACAAAUCUUACCGCUAUUUCAAUAACAUCAAUCGUCUCGCAGCCAAAUUCCCCGUCGCUCAUACCAGCAGCGUCAAGGAUGAGGUUGAAGUUUGGUGCGCUAAUGAUUAUCUUGGGAUGGGCAACAAUCCCGUCGUUCUCGAGACUAUGCAUCGUACUCUUGAUAAAUAUGGCCAUGGCGCAGGCGGAACUCGUAAUAUUGCCGGCAACGGCGCCAUGCAUUUGUCCCUCGAACAGGAGCUUGCGAAUUUGCACCGCAAGCCAGCGGCAUUGGUCUUCUCUUCCUGCUACGUAGCCAAUGAUGCAACACUUGCCACCCUCGGUUCGAAACUCCCUGGCUGCGUUUAUUUUUCUGAUACCAUGAAUCACGCGUCUAUGAUUCAAGGCAUGCGUCAUUCUGGAGCCAAGCGCGUUAUAUUCAAACAUAACGACCUCGAGGAUUUAGAAGCUAAAUUGCAACAAUAUCCCAAAGAGACACCCAAAAUUAUCUCAUUUGAGAGUGUCUAUUCUAUGUGUGGCAGUAUCGGACCUAUCAAGGAGAUUUGUGAUUUGGCAGAUCAAUACGGCGCCCUGACGUUCUUGGACGAAGUUCACGCCGUUGGCUUGUACGGACCCCGUGGCGCCGGUGUCGCCGAACACUUGGAUUAUGAUGCUCAACUUGCAGCUGGUCAGAGCUCAGAACCUAUUAAAGGCUCGGUCAUGGACAGAGUUGACAUCAUUACUGGUACACUAGGCAAAGCAUACGGCGCUGUUGGUGGAUAUAUCGCAGGCUCAGAUGACUUUGUCGACAUGAUUCGAUCAUACGCGCCUGGUUUCAUCUUCACUACAUCUCUCCCUCCUGCAACGGUGGCUGGUGCACGCGCCAGUGUGGUAUACCAGAAGGAGUACGUUGGUGAUCGUCAACUCAAGCAGGUCAACGUCCGGGAGGUCAAGAGACGCUUCGCUGAACUGGAUGUUCCUGUCGUCCCCGGCCCCUCGCAUAUCGUCCCCGUACUUGUCGGUGAUGCUGCCCUGGCAAAAGCAGCUUCGGACAAACUGCUCGCCGAGCAUAACAUCUACGUCCAAUCCAUCAACUACCCUACCGUCGCUCGCGGAGAAGAACGCCUUCGCAUCACAGUCACUCCCCGCCACACCCUUGAGCAGAUAGAUAAGCUUGUCAAGGCCGUCGACGAGAUCUUCACCGAGCUGCAGAUCAAUCGCCUUGCUGACUGGAAACGUCUUGGUGGACGUGCAGGCGUUGGCAUGGCUGGCGCAGACGAGGUCAUCCAACCCAUGUGGACCGACGAGCAACUCGUCAACCACCCGCCUACUCUUCAUAACGGCGAAAAGGCAGUCGUAAACAAGAAGGCAGUUACAGUGGCGAGGGGAGCGUUCAACAACCUCUUGGGGCCCAUUUACGGACAAUUGCACGCAAAUCGUCACAUUGACGGUUCUAUCUCGCCUCCUACCGCUCCUGGCGCCAUUCCCUCGAAGAUGAAAACUGGCGGUGUACCGCUCAGUGAGGAUAUUCCUGUAGCACCUUUCAGUGUCGCCGUCUCCGCCUAGGUUCCCUUGUUGUACCGUGUAUUACUCGCGAAUAUAAUUUCGCUCUCAGUUACCC